AUGGUCAAUGGUAACAUAAAUGAUAUAGAAUCAUUUUUAAAGAAAUUGGAAGAUUUAGUUAUAAUAAAUAAAUAUUCAGAAAAAGGUCUUAAAGAACAAGUUCUAGAUAUUAAAUCUCAAAUUUUAGAAUUUAAAAAUAAUAAUAAAAUCAUUUAUCCAAAUAGAUGGGAUCUUAAUGAAGAUAAUUGCUUAAUAGAAAUUGAAAAAGGUGGUAGAGAAUAG